AUGUCAACUUCUCAUCCGGCUGAGGCCUCAGACACCAAUACAAGUAGCAAUGAUGACCAUUCAUCAGGAACACCAAAUAGGAGGUCUAAAGUUUGGGAACACUUUGAGCCAGAGUUGGUCGAGGUGGAUGGUGCUCUGAAGGCUGUUUGCAGAUACUGCGGCAUGAAGAUGGCUAGCGGAAAAUCAGGUACAAAUAGUUUGAGAAAUCACAUAAAAGAUUCUUGUCGAAAAAUUAGUGCAGAUGAUAGACAGAGGUUUAUUGCCACAAUUCAGAAACAGCCAGCGGGUCCAUUUACCUUCAAUCCUCAAAUAAGUCGUGAGUUAAUGAUAACUUGGUGCAUUCGGGCAGAGGUUGCAUUUAAUAAAUUUGAGGACCCAAGUUUUUCACCAUGGAUGACAUCCUUGCAGCCCACAUUUUAUUGCAUUGGGCGGCAAACAAUCCGCAAUGAUUGUGUUCGUAUGUAUGGGAGAGUGAAGCAAACAUUAGCAAGUGAACUACAAGGUCUUGAUUCUCGCAUAUGCUUUACUUCUGAUCUAUGGACAUCUAACCAAAAGCUGGGAUAUAUGUGUCUAACAGACCAUUAUGUGGAUGCUAACUUUGCCUUGCAUAAGAAGAUAAUUUCUUUCAAAGCAUUGAAGUAUCCACAUAGUGGUCUAGCCAUUGAGGAGGCAAUCACAAGAUGUAUGACAGAGUAUGGAAUAAAAGAAAAGAUGUUCACUAUCACCCUUGACAAUGCAUCAAACAACAACACAGCUUGUGACCUUUUGCAAGAAAGUGCCAAAUCAGACUUGAUGUUUGGUGGUCAACAUCUUCGAGUUAGAUGCUGCGCUCAUAUUCUGAAUCUUCUUGUCCAAGAUGGUAUGACUAUUGCUGAUGCAACACUUGAGAUGAUCCGGGAUCUGAUUAGGCACAUUAACUCCUCACCGAGAAGAAUCCAAAGUUUCAACGAGAUAGCUGAAAGAGAGAGUCUUUCUUCAAAGGCUGGUUUGGUUCUUGAUAUUCCGAACCGUUGGAACUCAACUUUUGAUAUGAUUGUUGAGGCUGUGAAGUACAGGAGCGUGCUGAAGAGGUAUGCUGCAUCAAAUCAAGAACCUUUUCCAUCAAAUGAUGACUGGAUAAAAGUUGAGGCUAUAGGUGAUUUUCUUGAGGCUUUCGAAGAAGCUACAAGGGCAUUCUCAGCUGAUAGAUAUCCUACAGCACACACUUUUUUGGAUAAUGUUCUUUGCAUUCAUGAAGCUUUAAAAAAUUCAGAAAUGCAAGCUAAUGAAGCCAUACAAAAUUUGGGUAGAGCAAUGGAAAGCAAAUUUAGCAAGUAUUGGGAUGGGAACUAUAAUAUGACCCUUGUUAUUGCAACGGUACUUGAUCCAAGAAAGAAGAUGGACUUCUUGGAAUUCUUUUAUCAGAGGUUGUGCAACUACUUUGUUGAUAUUGAGACAAGCAUGACUUCAGCUAGAGAAUGGAUGACUAAGUAUUUUAGGAAAUAUGAAGAGAUUGUUAGGACAAAUGGUGUAGAUCUAGUGUGUACUACUGUAUCUAGAGGCAUUAUGGGUUCGCCUGUGCUAGCUAAAAGAAGAAUGCACCAAGAGUUUGCCCACUUUAGAAAUCAAAAGAGAGCUAGCAAUACUCAAAAAUCGGAACUUGAUGCAUAUCUGGAAGAUGAACAUGUGAGAGAUGAUGAAAACUUUGAGAUCUUGAGUUGGUGGAAGACAAAUAAAGACAAGUAUCCUGUCCUAUCAACCAUGGCACGAGACUUCCUUGCAAUUCCAUUGAGCACUGUGUCUUCCGAGUCCGCAUUUAGUUUGAGUGGCCGGAUUCUUAGUGAUAAUCGGAGUUCAAUGACACCUGAAACCCUGGAAGCCCUUGUUUGUGUUAAGGAUUGGCUGUAUAAGCUCCCAGGCAAUGAGCUGCUCUCAGAUUGUGGUUGACUAGUACAGAAUCGCUGAAGAGGCGUACAAGGGCCAUGGCUGCACCAACGUUGAAUAGUGUCGAGUCUCGUUGGAGGAGCACUACAAGACUAGAUGAAUUUUGAUAAUCUAUUAAGCUAAUUCUGUAAUCUGUGGUUUAAUAUGGCUCAUCAUGUCAUGUUACUCUAUGGAAACUCUGAAUAUGAGCAUAACAUCUACUUUGGGGACGUUGGAAAUUCGUGCAUGUUAUUUGCCUGCUAUUAUUAGCUGAAGUUCUGCUAGAGACAAAUCAGUGCUGUACUGGUCUCCUUGUUAGUUAAAAGUAAUUUUUAUUAGUAAGUCAAUAUUUUUCUUGUUGUCUUGUUCUAGAAUAAUAUUGGAUAAUUAUUAGUUGGACUCAUUCCUGCAGCAAUGUCGAUGACUUCUUACA